UGUGCUAGCGCUAACGAGCCUGCGCGCACCCGCUGUUCCCGGUCGCGUCCCGGAGUCCGGUGCGUGGGUCACGUGUUCGGCUCCUCGCGGGUGGGCAGACGCUUAGGGUACAGGCUGCCGGUUCCGAGGCAGGUGGGGUGUCGGAGGGAAGCACACGGGCACCUCCUCCUCACACCCAGAGACACUCCUCCGAGAGCCGCCCCGGUGAGGGGGGAGGACAGACACCGGCUGCCGGAUACAUGCGGGGGGAUCCUUGCACACCUCCUAAGAGGCCGGUAAAGCACUUCGCAAGAAAAGUUGUGUCAGGAUGGAGUUCCCUACCCAGCAGAAAGCCCCGGACGGCAAAAUCAUUUACCCCCCCGGAGUGAAAGACAUCACCGAUAAAAUAUCCAACGAUGAGGUCGUCAAACGGCUGAAGAUGGUUGUGAAAACAUUCAUGGACAUGGACCAGGAUUCUGAAGAUGAAAAGCAGCAAUAUCUUCCUCUCGCCCUGCACCUGGCGUCUGAAUUCUUCCUCAGGAACCCCAACAAAGAUGUCCGUUUACUUGUGGCUUGUUGCUUAGCGGACAUCUUCAGAAUAUACGCGCCCGAAGCACCCUACACGUCUCACGAUAAGUUGAAGGACAUUUUUUUGUUCAUAACAAGACAGCUGAAGGGUCUGGAAGACACAAAGAGCCCGCAGUUUAACAGAUAUUUUUAUCUAUUAGAGAACUUGGCCUGGGUGAAAUCGUACAAUAUCUGCUUUGAAUUGGAAGACUGCAACGAAAUAUUUAUGCAACUUUUUAAGACCCUCUUCUCUGUUAUCAACAACAGCCACAACCAGAAGGUUCAGAUGCACAUGCUGGAUUUAAUGAGCUCCAUCACUAUGGAGGGGGAUGGGGUAACACAAGAGCUCUUGGAUACGAUCCUCAUUAAUCUCAUCCCUGCACAUAAGAACCUAAACAAACAGGCGUUUGACUUGGCUAAAGUUCUUUUGAAGAGGACCGCACAAACGAUUGAACCGUGCAUUGCAAAUUUUUUUAACCAGGUUUUAGUUCUGGGGAAAUCAUCAGUGAGUGACUUGUCUGAACACAUCUUUGAUUUAAUACAAGAACUGUUUGCGAUUGAUCCGCAUUUGUUGCUGUCGGUUAUGCCACAACUGGAGUUCAAACUGAAGAGCAACGAUGGAGAAGAACGUCUCGCUGUUGUGCGUCUCCUUGCAAAGUUAUUUGGUUCAAAGGAUUCUGAUCUGGCCACACAGAACCGUCCACUAUGGCAGUGUUUCCUUGGAAGGUUUAAUGACAUCCAUGUCCCUGUGAGGUUGGAAAGUGUUAAAUUUGCUAGCCACUGUUUAAUGAACCAUCCGGAUCUAGCUAAAGAUCUCACCGAGUUCUUAAAGGUGCGAUCCCACGACCCCGAGGAGGCAAUUCGUCACGAUGUAAUUGUUACAAUAAUCACUGCGGGUAGGAAAGAUCUCUCUCUGGUGAAUGAUCAGUUACUCGGAUUUGUAAGGGAAAGAACUCUAGACAAGAGGUGGAGAGUGCGGAAGGAAGCCAUGAUGGGCCUCGCUCAGCUCUAUAAGAAAUAUUGCUUGCAUGCUGAGGCUGGAAAGGAGGCGGCUGAGAAAGUGAGCUGGAUUAAGGACAAACUUCUACAUAUAUACUAUCAAAACAGCAUUGAUGACAAGUUGCUUGUUGAGAAAAUCUUUGCCCAGUAUCUUGUUCCUCACAAUCUAGAAACAGAAGAGAGAAUGAAAUGUCUGUACUAUUUAUAUGCUAGCUUGGACCCUAAUGCUGUGAAGGCAUUGAAUGAAAUGUGGAAGUGUCAGAAUAUGUUGAGAAGCCAUGUACGGGAAUUGCUGGAUUUACACAAGCAGCCUGCUUCAGAAGCAAACAGUGCGGCCAUGUUUGGGAAACUGAUGACUAUUGCAAAAAACUUGCCGGAUCCUGGAAAAGCACAAGAUUUUGUCAAGAAGUUCAACCAGGUUUUGGGCGAUGAUGAGAAACUGAGAUCUCAGCUGGAAAUGUUAAUCAGCCCAACGUGUUCAUGUAGACAAGCAGAUGUGUGUGUGAGGGAGAUAGCACGUAAACUCGCAAAUCCCAAGCAACCUACAAACCCGUUCCUAGAAAUGGUAAAAUUCUUACUGGAAAGGAUUGCCCCAGUGCAUAUAGAUUCAGAAGCAAUCAGUGCUUUGGUGAAGCUGAUGAAUAAGUCUAUUGAGGGCACGGUUGAUGAUGAAGAGGAAGGCGUCAGUCCUGACUCCGCUAUAAGGGCAGGGCUGGAGCUGCUUAAGGUGCUGUCUUUUACCCACCCUACCUCAUUCCACUCAGCGGAGACGUACGAGUCUUUACUUCAGUGCCUCCGCAUGGAAGAUGACAAAGUGGCUGAAGCGUCUAUCCAGAUAUUCCGCAACACAGGGCACAAAAUAGAAACCGAUUUGCCGCAGAUCAGAUCGGCGCUUAUUCCAAUUCUGCACCAGAAAGCCAAAAGAGGGACGCCGCAUCAGGCUAAACAAGCAGUGCACUGCAUCCAUGCCAUCUUCUCCAAUAAAGAAGUGCAGCUGGCACAGAUCUUUGAGCCCCUCAGCAGAAGUCUCAAUGCAGAUGUCCCGGAACAGUUAGUAACCCCUUUGGUUUCACUGGGUCACAUUUCCAUGCUGGCACCAGAUCAGUUUGCUUCUCCAAUGAAAUCGGUAGUGGCAAAUUUCAUAGUGAAGGAUCUACUUAUGAAUGAUCGGUCCAUUGGUGAUAAGAAUGGCAAACUGUGGUCUGCAGAUGAAGAUGUUUCGCCGGAGGUUCUUGCUAAAGUGCAGGCCAUAAAACUUUUGGUACGCUGGCUACUGGGUAUGAAAAACAAUCAGUCCAAGUCUGCGAAUUCCACGCUGCGUUUGUUAUCUGCAAUGCUUGUCAGUGAGGGGGACCUAACGGAGCAUAAGAAAAUUAGUAAAUCUGACAUGUCUCGUCUGAGGUUGGCAGCUGGAGGCGCUAUUAUGAAACUAGCGCAGGAACCUUGUUACCAUGAAAUAAUUACUCCGGAGCAAUUCCAGCUCUGUGCUUUGGUUAUCAACGAUGAGUGUUACCAGGUGCGUCAGGUCUUUGCACAGAAGCUCCAUAAGGCGCUGGUGAAGCUGCAGCUUCCGUUGGAAUACAUGGCUAUAUUCGCUCUGUGUGCCAAGGAUCCAGUGAAGGAGAGGAGAGCGCACGCCAGGCAGUGCUUGCUUAAAAAUAUCAGCAUACGGAGAGAGUACAUUAAACAAAACCCUACGGCAAAUGAGAAGCUGCUGUCCUUGCUGCCGGAGUAUGUCGUUCCGUACAUGAUUCAUCUCCUAGCUCACGAUACAGAUUUCACAAAGCCUCAGGACGAUGAUCAGUUACGCGAUAUCAAAGAGUGCCUUUGGUUUAUGCUGGAAGUGCUAAUGGCUAAGAAUGAGAACAACAGUCAUAUUUUCAUGAAGAAAAUGUGUGAGAACAUUAAACAGACUCGGGAUGCCCAGGCGCCAGAUGAUCCCAAAGCGAACGAAAAAUUAUACACGGUUUGCGAUGUGGCACUUUGCGUAAUGAACAGCAAGAUUACGGUUGCGCACGCUGAAGUACCGAAGGAUCCUCUGUUGCCUUCCAGAUUUUUCACGCAGCCGGAUAAGGAGUUCUGCAAUGAUAAGAGCUACAUAUCGGAUGAGGCGAGGGUUCUUCUCCUGACUGGAAAGCCCAAACCAACCAGCGUGUUGGGUGCAGUGAACAAGCCCUUGUCUGCCACGGGACGGCGGCCUUACCAUAGGAGCGCUGGUAACGAGACCCUAACCAAUGUGAGCGUCAACAGCGAAUCCGACUCUCCCGUCGGCAUCAGACAGAGUUCUGAUGCGUCUGAAACUGGAGUUAGUGAGAAUGACGAGCAUCCGGUGAGAAUCUCUGUUACUCCUGCCAAGUCGGAGUCUGUGAAGAAUAAGGAAGUGAAUUCAGAUCAGACAGCAACACCUAACGUUACCGAACGGGGUAAGAAAAGGUCCGCGGCAUCAGCUGGUGCCGAGAAUAUCCGCAAGGAGACGGAGGAGAAGAAGGCUGAAGAUGGUCCUACUGCCCCACCUAAACCCAGAAGAGGACGGCCACCAAAAUCCGAAUCUCAGGGCAGCGCAGCGAAAAACGACGACUCAAGUAAGCCAGCCGGAAGAGGUCGCAAGAGAGCCGCGGCAAAUCAAGAAAGCCCUGCGGGGCACGAGGUGGGAAACGCUAAAGUACCAAAACAAGACAAAAAAACAGCACAGAGGCAAAUGGACUUGCAAAGCCAGUUUCUGGGCAGUGAAGGAGACUCGUUGUGGGAGAUAGACUCGAGUCCAGGAUACUCUUCUAAUGAUGCAGACCUGUUUAGUACAUGUGAGAGCAGCCAGGAUACAGAGGAGAAAGCAGUAGAAGAGAGAGGACAAUUGAAGGUAAAAAGAAUUCUCCUUUGCAGGAGAAGGAAAUGAUUGUCCAAAACUAGGCAUGUUCCACGCUGAAGAAUACAAUUCCUAUGUUUUCCGUUCAGAAGCUAAAUUUGCCCUGAUUCUGCUUUGUACCUUUACUUAUAUAGACUGAAAAACUGCUUUCCUCGAAAGAAACUUAAUCCAACGAUCUGGGAGCCGCUUCUCAGAAAUCUUCUCAGACGGAGACAAUAUAUUUUUUUCUAUGAAAUGUGCCGCGCGGCUCCGUGAUAUUAAAUUCUGGUCAUACGGAGAAGCUGUCCACCUGCAAUGCUUUACGGACCACCGCUUAUGUGUCCUGCGGCAGCACCACAGACUGAGCUUCGUUCUGCGCUCUUCCAUUAAAUUGUUGUGGAUUUCCCGCCAGCUUAAAUUCUAAAGCGUUUAUGAUAGUUGGGGAAAGUAGAUUUUAGGAAGGGCUCUCCUGGAAUACCCGGCUACCGGAUGGGGCAUUGAAGAAAUGUCCGCUCCUCUUUGUCUUAUGUACAAAAUUUGCUGCCACUGUGCUUUUCAUAUAGAAUAAGAUGUACAGUUUUGUGUUUUUAUUUUAUUUUUAAUAUCCUUUUCGUAUGAAAAGAUAGUUGGUGGCAGAUUAUUUUAUUUUUCAAUACUUUUUGAUCCCACCCACCCUUUAAUUUUUUCUUUGUUUUUUUUUCCCCUGCUCAAAGUGGGAGUAAAAUCGUUUUGGCGGAUUUGUGGAUAUUUCAGGAUGCGACCUUCUCGUGUUUUGGGUUAAUAUAAUUUGAAAUGUACAUAUUGAUGUUUGUUUUAUAAAACAAUAUAUCACCUUUUAAAUGCCCUCUUACCGAAGAGCUUAUGUUGGGAUACUGUAUUGGACGCACAGUCCGGCAUUUGAUUUUGUAAUGUUGGCCGCCAGAUUUUUAUUAACAAUGUAAAAAAAAAAAAAAAAAAACUUUUUUAAGAAAAAUAGUUUAAAUUAGGCAGCUUUAUAAGGAAUUUCAAAAUGCUGGCUUUUAGAUGUUUCUAUCUGUUCUAAAGACCAAGGUUCACAUCAGGCUUCUCUUCAUAAUAAUUUUAAAACGUUUUUAUUCUAGGAAACUAGGUUUGCACCCGGCAUUUUGUCAUAGAAAAUAGCGGACACUUAACCGUGUGCAACCGACGCUGUAUGUUCACCUUGUAUGUACACCUGAUCAUAUUUAAGUUUUGUUGCAUACAAUAAAGGCUUCUAGGUGUCA